AUGACCAUGUUUGCCCAGUCGAUUCAGUACAUCGAGCCGCAGGGUACUUCUAACGUCAGUAAUGGCAUGCUCUACUUUCAGUCUGCCGAACAGGAGCUCAAUCGUGAGACAGAACCCGCUACUUUGACGAGCGUCCAAGCUCUCCUCGGUUGUUGCUUCUACAUUAUGACUCAGUCACAACUCAAUCACUGCUGGAGCCUUUUGGGGACAACCUCAAGACUUGUUCUUGCAUUGGGAAUGCACCGGAAGAAGUUUAAUCUCGACGGCAUAGGCGACAGCACAGGAUGUCUCAUCGAAUCUGAAUGCAGGAAACGGACAUUCUGGUGUGCAUACAAUCUGGACAGAUACUUGAGUGCCAUAUUCGGCCGCCCAUGCGCCUUUCAUGAUGACGAUAUUGACCAAGAGGUUCCUGCACUCAUCGAGGAUCACGCACUGGGCAGUACAUCUGUGGAUGUCACCAGUCGAAGAGCUAUGAAUAUUAUGCUGGGUCCCCUAGCACACCAACAGCUGGCUAGGAUACUGAGCAGGAUCUUGAGACAGCUCUAUGGCAUCAGCUCGCUGGAUGAGACAGCAAGGCACGAAACGAUGGCCAGGCUAGGCGCUGAGAUUCAGACCUGGCGAGACCAGCUGCCGGCUUUCCUUAAUCCGGACAAAGUCGACUCCCGCAUCUUGCAACCAAUCUACCAACGGCAGAGCAAUACUCUGAGCCUCGCGGCUGGGCACUGCCUGAUGCUCAUUUAUCGCCCAUGUCUCUUCAACGACUACUCAAAGUCCAGUCUUGACAAAGAGACGAAAGAAAAUGUCAAGAGAUGCGUUGACGCAGCCUUGAGCGUCGUGACUAUCAUUGACUACAUGGUCGAGUCGAAGCAACUGUAUCCGUCGCUCUGGUUUGCACCGUAUCAGGCGUUCUGCGCAGUAGUUGUGCUGUACACAUAUACCAUCCGGAAUCACAAAGACAACCAGGCUCCUUGGAAAGAGCACUUUGAAGCGGCAGAGCGCUGCCAAAGACUAUUGUUCAGCAUCACUAGCCCUAGCUCCCUUGGUCGGCGACUAUCCGUCAUCAUGGAGGAAUACCGUCUUGAGGUCAUAAACCAGGUUCAGCAAAGCUCUCAAUCGCAUACCAGCAAAUCCAUAUCGCUGUCGGAAACUGCGCUUGAGCCGGGUGCAACAUCAUGGCUCGAGAGACUUGGGGCCGAGGACAAUCUCUUUGAGCUGAUGGAUCUUCCCAACUGGGAACAAUUGGAUUCAUUGGUUCUUGAUUUGGGUAGAAUCAUCCCCGAGCUGGACUUCAUGGGCGCCAAUGCUGGGUUCUGA